CGUGUAACAGCCCUUACAGCAAUAACAAGAGAAAUAGAAAAGAAGUAUGCAUCCGUUACCAUUGCGGAUAUAAAAAAGAAACUAGAUUGUUUGCGAAAUCAGUACAGGCGUGAAAUGCGACAGAUAGAAAACUCUCGCAAGUCAGGAGCUGGGACGGACGACGUGUACAGCCCCAAGUUAUGGUGCUUUGAUGAGCUUUCUUUUCUCAAUGAUGGUGGCAUAACGAGGACAUCUCAGUCAAACAUCGAUCCUGACAGUAACAAAGCUGUGGAAGAACAUAAUGAUCAUGAGAUUUUCAACGAUCCACUGCUAGUGGGCGAAGCUGCAACCUCUACUGCACCAAGAAAACCAGCAAUGUCCGAGUGCGCAUCUUCUACGGAUACAAAUGUGACACCACGUGAUACUUCUACGCCCUGUACUUCCAAGCGAUCAGCCAAAAGGACACAUGACGAUGCAGAUGACGUAAUUAGGGAAGCCCUCCAGCAAAUGAGGGAAUUGUCGUCUACACAAGACACUGCCGAUGAGUUCACUGAUUUUGCAAAAGUAAUUGCAAACGACUUGCGACAACUGACGGGUGAAACCCAAAUUGUGGCACAAAAAUUAAUAUAUGACGUUAUAUUUCUUGCUAAACUUGGUAAACUUUCAACUUCCUCAAUGGUUAAACAGUAAUUCAUAAUCUAGAUGGGUUUACACAUAGUGCAUUUUUUAUUUUGAGUUUGGAUUGUGUUCCAGCCCCCUAAAAAUAAAUGGACAUUGUAAAGUGUGAACACACACACACACACACACACACACACACACGUAUGUAUACAUAUAUAUAUGCGGGAGCAGACACACAUGUAUCCAUAUACAUAUAUGCUAAAGUAUAUAAUGUAAUUGAUAGAAAUAGCACUAUUAUUUCAUAUAAACACAGCUGGGCCUUUAUUACACAUAACAUAAGCAUACAUAAUGGACAAUACACUAUGUACUAAGCUCAAUAAAGUUGUUUGC